UUGCACUUAUUGUUUACAGAGGGAUUCUACGCGACGAACAAUCAGUUCCAGACAACGGGUCCAAAGGGUUUCAUUGAAGUGAAGGUUCUGGAGAACGACAAUCUCUAUGUGCGUGUCGACUUGCCUGGCGUUCCAGACGACGCCGUUCGCUACAGAGUUGACGCGGUGAGACAAAAGGUUGUGUUUUUCUCCGGUGAAACUCUCAACGACGAUAAGGAAGGCUUGCGUGAGUACUCUGGAACCGCCGGUCUUGGAUGUGACUGCUGCGAGAUCACAGGCGUCGUUGAUGCCAAAAUGAAAGAUGGAGUUUUGAGGAUGAUUCUUACAAGGGUCAAGGUGAACAAGGAUCAACCCAACAACAAGUGUACUCUCACUGUGCCUCCUUUCACAGGUCAAUCCGGAAGAUAUCUGGAGGAUCAUCCAUAUGUGGUGAAAGGUCGCAAGGGAGCAUUGUUUGGGGUACCAACCGCGGGAAUAGGGCUUUACUUUGCAGUAGACUUGCCAGGUGUUUGUGGGGAUGAUGUACAAGUGUUUGCUCAUGAAAAUGAAAUCAGAUUCUAUGGUGAAGUCAAGAACGUGUGUGAGCACGAUGAGAGCCGUCGAAUCUACUCGGGAGGCAUCAUGAGUCCUCCUUCCCGUAUUCUACCUUCAGUUUCGAGCCACAACAUCACUUGGGAUGUAGAAUUUGGUGUUCUCAAGAUUGUUGCUACACCUCCUGGCUACACCAACAACAACUAAGGAACCAACCCCUAUUCUCUCUCUCUCUCUAGCUAUAUUUGCAUUUUGGGACAAGUUACUUUGAUUAGUUUUCUCUGUUGAAGUUGAGACAAUUGAAAGAGAGAGUAGUCCUUGCUUUUGUGUUUGCUAUUGAAUCAAAUGAUUCAUGUCAUUUGUUUUCACAAACUUAACUCUUUUUUUUCCCUAAGCUGAUUGAAACAAAUUGGUUCCAUAGCAUAAUUUACAGAAAGCUAAGCUGAUAUAGUAUACUAUGUCAAUUGUUUAUAGAUU